AUGGCAACUAUCAAAAUAACCAAAAGACACAAGAAGCACCUAAACAAUCCCUUCCCAUCAUCUCCAAGAUCUCUUCCUUUCAUUCAAGGAAGUCUGCUCUUCAAUUCUCAAACUGUACCAUCUCAUCAAAUCUUCCCAGUAGGGAGGGAUUUUCAGCUUCUUUGUAGCACCAACAAUGGUGGGUAUAUCUCAGUUUCUCAUCAGUCUCAGCCAACAAGAGCCCUGUGGUCCUCCAUUCCUGGACAAGCGUUUGUCUCCACAGCAGUAGCCGAGACAGAGGUGGAAGAAAGCAGGGGAUCCUUUGUUAUAAAAGAUAAGAAUGUUCUUUUGGUCUGUGAUCAUCAAAGUAUCGAUGGUAUAAGAGUGAUCAAUCAACUGGAUGAUAUCCAGCUUGAGGAAGCUAGUGAUCUUGAUUCUUCACCUGGGUAUUCAAGUUUUGACCUGAAAAAGGAUUUGAAUGAUACCCAGUUUCCUCUUUUGUUAAUAACAGGUAGGCUAUUUAGCAAAACAAGUAAGAAGAGGACUCCAGAAUAUGGUAUUUACCAAGACAUUGAGUUUAACACAUGGGGACCACCCACUUCUGCAAGGUAUUGGUUUCUUCUUGAUCAAAAGAACAUUAACCAGAUUGGCUUUCAAGUCAGAGUUGGACAACCCAACUUUGAAUUCCAUCCAAGAACUUCACCAACUCGUUUGGGAAAAUACCAGCGUCUAAGGAGCAAGCUGCGAAGAAUUCGAAAACAAAGGCUUGGAUGGUUUCGGUUCUUUACUAGACCAAGAGGGUUUUUUGCAGUCACCUCAUUAGAGGAAACAGAAAUGAAGGUCCCAAGGUUGACUGAUUUCAAUAGAAUCUGCCUUAGCUAUUCAAGUGAGGCAAAUGAAAGUUUCUAUGGUUUUGGAGAGCAGUUUUCCCAUAUGGACUUCAAAGGAAAAAAGGUGCCUAUUUUUGUUCAAGAACAGGGAAUUGGAAGAGGAGAUCAACCUAUUACUUUUGCAGCUAAUUUGGUUAGCUACAGAGCUGGGGGUGAUUGGAGCACAACUUAUGCUCCUUCACCGUUCUACAUGACAUCGAAGAUGAGGUCUCUUUAUCUAGAAGGAUAUGAUUACUCUGUAUUUGAUCUGACAAGACAUGAUAGAGUUCAGAUACAGAUACACAGCAGUUCAGCUCAAGGAAGAAUAAUAUAUGGCAACUCACCUUCUGAUCUUAUUGAACGCUUAACGGAAACUAUUGGGAGGCCUCCUGAGCUUCCUAAGUGGAUUAUAUCUGGAGCUGUUAUCGGAAUGCAGGGUGGAACAGAAGCAGUACGUCGUGUUUGGGAUGAACUGAAAGCUUAUAAGGUUCCCAUCUCGGCAUUUUGGUUGCAGGAUUGGGUUGGACAAAGAGAGACAUUCAUUGGAUCACAACUUUGGUGGAACUGGGAAGUGGACACAACAAGGUAUAAUGGUUGGAAGCAACUAAUUCAAGAUCUUGCUGCUCAACAUAUCAAAAUGAUGACAUACUGCAAUCCAUGCCUAGCUCCGACAGAUGAGAAACCCAAUAGAAAGAGAAAUCUUUUUGAGGAGGCCAAAAAAUUGGGUAUCUUAGUGAAAGAUGAGCAUGGAGAACCAUAUAUGGUUCCAAAUACAGCUUUUGAUGUGGGAAUGUUGGAUUUGACACACCCAGAUACUGCAAGUUGGUUUAAGCAGAUUUUACAGGAAAUGGUUGAUGAUGGAGUCAGAGGUUGGAUGGCUGAUUUUGGCGAAGGUCUGCCUGUAGACGCCACCCUUUAUUCAGGUGAAGAUCCCAUCUCUGCCCAUAACAGAUACCCAGAACUAUGGGCCCAAAUAAACAGAGAGUUUGUGGAAGAAUGGAAAACGAACCUUGUGGGUAAGGAGAGAGAAGAUCCAGAAGAGGCUUUAGUCUUCUUCAUGAGGGCUGGUUUCAGGGAUAGUCCUAAGUGGGGUAUGCUAUUUUGGGAAGGAGACCAAAUGGUUAGUUGGCAGGCUAACGAUGGGAUAAAGAGUGCUGUUGUUGGACUACUGAGCGGUGGAUUUUCUGGAUAUGCUCUCAAUCACAGUGAUAUUGGAGGCUAUUGUGCAGUAAACAUGCCAUUUGUCAAAUACCACAGAAGUGAAGAGUUGCUCAUGCGAUGGAUGGAACUUAAUGCAUUCACCACUGUUUUCAGGACCCAUGAAGGAAACAAACCCUCUUGCAACAGCCAAUUCUACUCCAAUGACAAAACUUUAUCGCAUUUUGCACGCUGUGCUAAAAUGUACAAAGCUUGGUAUUUCUAUAGAAUCCAACUAGUAAAGGAAGCAUCCCAGAAAGGCCUCCCAGUUUGCCGUCACCUAUUUAUCCACUACCCAAACGAUAGGCAUGUGCACAACUUGAGUUACCAGCAGUUUUUAGUUGGGACUGAGAUCCUAGUGGUGCCUGUAUUGGACAAAGGGAAGCAAAAUGUCAAGGUCUAUUUUCCAGAAGGUGAAACUUGUUCCUGGAAACAUGUCUGGUCAAGAAAGCUAUUUACAGCACAAGAUUCUGAAACCUGGCUAGAUGCUCCAAUUGGUUAUCCUGCUGUAUUCAUUAGGGAUGGAUCCUUCGUGGGUGAAACAUUUCUAGAAAACCUUAGAACUCUGGGCAUUCUUUAGCAAAGCAGUCCUCUAAUUCAAAGAGGAUCAAAUUUGAAAAUGAUGGAAUUGAACCACUUGCUAACAAAAGACCGUCAUUCUUUACAAGUCUGUUUUUGUUGCUAACUGUACUUGUAUCAACUUCCUUUCGUUGACAUAUGUCCAAGUUCAUUUCAGACUAGAAUUCAAAGUUCCCAUGUAAUCAGCCUCUUGACUCUCUGAAAUAUAACUCAAACGGGCUUAACAAUA